AUGGCCCACCCCGCACUCGCCGAGAAAGUGCUAGGAGCAUACAUCUUCGCGCGCCACGGCGAUCGGACUGCCAAAGCCCUGGGCAACACCCACCUUACAGACCUGGGCUACAAGGAGGUCUACCUGACGGGCAGCUACUACCACACGCGCUAUAUUUCGCCCUCUUCGCCACUACAAAUCGCAGGCAUCAGCGAACCAACCGUCAACACGAAGCAAAUCACCGCCUCCACGCCCUCAGACGAGGUCCUCCAGAAUUCAGCUACGGGAUUCCUGCAGGGUGUGUAUCCGCCCGUUGGCAACUCUGCGAAUGAGACGUUGCGGAAUACCACGACUGUGCAUUCGCCGUUGAACGGGUAUCAGUUGAUUCCGUUGGGGACUGUGAGCUCGGGGACGAAUAGUGAGGAUUCGACGUGGUUGCAGAAGGCGAGUGGGUGUGAGGCUGCGACGGCUAGUAGUAAGGGAUUUUACAGCUCAGCUCUCUAUGACGAUCUGCUGCAGUCGACCAAGGAUUUCUACACGUCGUUAUCACCGAUGUUGAACAAUACUUUUGAUGAGGCGCAGGUGUCGUUUAAGAAUGCGUAUAAGAUCUUUGAUUAUCUCAAUGUCGCGCGGAUUCACAACUCCAGCAGUGAGUUUCCGGCGCUGGAGAUGUUGACGGAUGGGGUUUAUGACCAGCUCUUGACGUUGGCUAGUACGUCUGAGUACAACCUGGCGUACAACUCAUCUGAUGAAAUCCGGGCCAUUGAAGGCAUGAGUCUUGCCGGCGAAGUGUUGGAAGGACUCGAGGAUAUUGUCACUUCUCAGGGGAAAUCCAAGUUGAACAUCCAGUUCGGCUCCUAUGGCACAUUCAUGUCCUACUUCGGCCUUGCACAAUUACCCUCCGUGAACGUCAACUUCACCGGAAUCCCCGACUACGCCUCGUCGAUGGCCUGGGAGCUGGUGACCAACUCAACCUCUGACGCUUUCCCGGCCGAGUCUGAAAUCAGCGUGCGGUUCAUUUUCCACAACGGAACCAUCACCGGAUCAUCGACACCUGAUCAGUAUCCAUUGUUUGGACAAUCCAGCAUCGUCCUCCCAUGGACUGACUUUGUCGAGCAGACCAAGAAGAUCGCCGUCACUACUCAGGACCAGUGGUGCCAGGCUUGCGGGAACACCGACAGCCAGUGUCCUGCUGCGUCUGUCCAGUCUACCGGUACCUCCGGCGGUAUGUCCAAGACCGUGGCUGGUGUUGUGGGAGCUAUGGUGACGCUCGGAGUGAUUCUGAUCCUCGAGGCGUUGUUCUUCCUUGUGGGUGGAUUCACGAUUGCCAAGAGGGGAAAGGCAGAUCCUGGGUCCGAGAUUAGCAGUGAGCAUGUAACGGACAAGACACCUUAG